UCUACUUUCCUCUAAAUAACAUUUUGCUAAGGUCUUUGUGCUUUAAUUCUCUUCUUUUUCUCUUUUCUCUGCUUCGGCGUUGCUUAACAAUUUCUACAACCUUUGGGUUUUGGGUUUCUGAAUCAAAUUGAACUCAAAUUUUCUCGUCCAACAAGCUGUUGGAGUCUCGGAGAGCAUGGAAUCUCAGAAAAGCCAACCUGAAAAGCAGUCAUUGUCAACUGCAACUGCCCCAUCCGUUACUUCAUGUCGAAAGAAGAAGAGUGAAGAAGCCACUUUCUUGGAGGAUAUGAAGGAUCACAUUGACGAGUUUAUUAAUGCUUCCAUGGAUGAACACAAAACUUGUUUUAAGAAAACAGUUCAAAAGAUGUUUGGUAUGUCAAAGGCGGUUGCAGAAAGGAACUCCAAUGCUGCGAAAGAAGUUGAAAGUUCUCUGCCUCUUCAGACAACUGUACAAGACUAGAUUUCUUGCUUUUGAACCUCUAGGUGAAGAACACAGACAUACUGAGCUUUUGUUUUUUCUUGUGGGUGAAACUUCUGUUCCAUGAACAGGAAGAAAGAAUCAUGCUUCAAAUAAUGUGUGGGCUGGUUCAUGAGGCUUGUCGAACUGUAACUGCGUUUGAGCCAUAAGGCCCAUAACAUUUUGGAUUAAACCAACUGAAUCAAAAGAGAAAGGGUAAACAUAAAGAAAAAUAGAGUCUACAAAAUUCGAAGUAAAUCAAGAUUUUGUAAUAGCAAUUUUUAAGGACCAGUAUUAUUAUUAAGAAUACCAAGGUACGUGUAUGAUCAUGAUGCGUGUGUUGUUCAACCAACCGACCUAACAAUUUCUCGAUGAGUAUGAUUUGCUUGCUUUUGCAUUAUGUUGGCCACACCAUUCUGUCCUUGCUUAGUACUUUUGUAGUCAUUAGCUGUUUAGAAGAGACAAUAGCACAACCACAUGAGUGAAAUACAUGAUAAACUGUAUAGAGCACUGUAGCAGAGCUAUUAGAAGAGACAUUGGGGGCAGG